UCGAGACAUUGCGUGCUCACAUGACCGGUUUCAACUCUAGCUGCUCAUGUGUAGCUGGUAUUUUUUUUUUUUUCGCUAGACAGGUAGUUUUGUAUCGUAACGUUUAGCUAGGUACAUCUAGCUAAACUAGAUUAAGUUAGUUAUUAAUUGUAAAAUGUUGUGUUUGACUAGUUUAUCGGUCGCCCUCGCAGCGCUGGCUCUGGUACCGAGCAUUAGCGACGCUUUGAAAGAUGGGGAUUGUGAAGUGUGUGUGAGCUUCCUGGGAAGGUUUUAUCAGUCAUUGCAAGACAACAACGUUAAAUUCACCAGUGCAGACAUCGAGAAGGCCCUCGUCCACACCUGCAAAGACGCCAAGGGCAAGGAAAAUCGCUUUUGUUACUACAUUGGUGGAACCAAUGACGCUGCCACCAAAAUCCUCAACGAGAUCUCCAAGCCCCUGAGCUACCACGCGCCGGUGGACAAGAUCUGUGAGAAACUAAAGAAGAAGGACAGUCAGAUCUGUGAACUGAAAUACAACAAACAGCUGGACCUGAGCACCGUGGAUCUGAAGAAGCUGAAGGUGAAGGAAUUGAAGAAGAUCCUGGAGGUGUGGGGAGAGUCGUGUAAAGGCUGUGCCGAGAAGUCCGACUUAAUCCGCAAGAUCAAUGAACUCAUGCCCAAGUAUGCCCCCAACGCAGCUAAAGCACAGAGGGAACUGUAACCAGAGGGAGAAGGGGGAUCCAGACCUGGGAUUGUAUUCAGUGUCUCAAAGUAGAAAUUCUGAUCUAGGAUCAGUUUUGCCUUUUUUUUUAUAAUUACAUCUCUGUUGUUGUUGUUGCUCAUAAUGAAUAAGACUCUGUAUCAAGCAUCUCGAUUAAGAGUGUUGAUUUUAGGAUCAGCCCCCCCCUUUCCUUUCCGCCAUUUUAUUAUUUGUGAUCUAAAUGCCAAAUCUAAUCCUAGAUCAGCUCUCCAACUCGUGAGACAGUUUGGGUUGAAUACCAAAUUGCACCCUAGUCCCUAUAUAGUGCACUACCUUUGACCAGAGCCCUGUGGGGAGUAUGGUACCAUUUGGGAUGUUACCUUUGUUUAUACAGGCCCUGGGGGGAAGGGGCUUUGGGUGUCCUGAGAGGGUAUUUUGUGGUGGGUAAUGUUCGCUGUGCGGCAUAUGAACCACCUGUCAGUCUGUACAUGACCUUCGUUUUUUUUUGUGUUUUUUAAGGGAUAUACUUUUUUUUUUUUUUUUGUCUUAAUUAAUAACGGUAUAAUCAGAUAGAACCGGUGUGGACAAGCUCAUAUGCAGAAGGUCCUAGACAGUGGGUGUAGUAAGACACCUGAUUCUACCGACCUACUAAAUCAUCAAAUCGAGACCUUGAUUUGUACCCUCUACAAAUAAGCUUGGCCACCCCCUGAAAUAUAUUUUUUAAAGAGAAGAUAAAACUAUUGAAAUUGACUUUUCUUUCACACAACCUUACAUGUUUAUUACAAAUGUUCUGUACUUUUUCAUUAAAAUAUGAAAACAAGG